GGAGCUGCGGCGGGGGAGGCUGCGCGGCGAGUGGAGCCGCGGGGCCCGGAACAGGUGAUCGCAGCGGGAGACCCGCGCCUUCCCGAGUUGCGGCGCCCGAGCCCGCGCUCUUGGGCGCAGCGGCAGCCGCCUAGUCCCGGGCUGAUCGAGGCCAGCUGCAGGCUUCGCUUGCGCUUCUUGGGCAUCCCUCUGCUUGCGAGUGUUAGAAGCCCCCGGGUCCCGUGAAGCCUCAGGAGCCGCAGCUGCGCGCGGCACAGCAAAGUUGUGGACGUGCGGGGACCACCGGGCCCUGCGCUGUCACCACCAGCUGGGCGCGCGCUCUAGGAGCGGUGUUUGCGCUGCAGCCGCGGGGGCUCCCGUUGCAAACUGCUCCAGAGGCUGAAACUUCGGGUGCGGGCGGGUUGGGGCCUGCGUGCGCCCCUGCGCACCCUGCUAGGGCGUCGUGGACGGCAUGUGACGGCUCCGGCGCGGGAAGGCGCGGGAGGGCUCGGGUUCCGCGGACCAGGCAGAGGGCAAGCUGCUGCGCACGGCGGGCCCGGGCUCCAGCCGAGCAGCCCCCCUCGCCCGGGCCCCGCCGAGGCCGCCGCACUCCCGCCCUCGCGCGGGAGGACUCGCUCCAAACUCCCUGAACUUCGGGCGGGUCCCAGAGCGGCGGCCUCGGGGUGCGCAGUCCUGCCUGGUGACAACAGCCCCUGCGCUCUUGCUCCCCACCCUUGAGGACUCCGGGAGCCCCGGCGGAGCUGACAGCCCCCUGCUGCUGGCCGCGCCGCUAUGAUCGUGAGGAAAGUGCCGGGCUUUGUCCCGGCCUCGCCGUGGGGGCUGCGGCUGCCGCAGAAGUUCCUUUUCCUGCUCUUCCUCUCGGGCCUCGUCACCCUGUGCUUCGGCGCCCUGUUCCUGCUGCCCCACUCCUCUCGCCUCAAGCGCCUCUUCUCGACCUCGCGGACCCAGCAGCCCGGCCUGGAGGUGAUGGCCGAAAUCACUGAUCACCACCCGGUGCCCGAGCAAGAACCGCCUCCCAACCCUGUCCCCGCGGCUCCGGCCCCGGGCGAGGACAAUCCCGGUCGCCGGGUUGGUAUCCUCCGUAGGAAAGGCUGGCUGCGGCGCACCCGCCUCACCGGACCCCGGGAGGAGGAAGGGAGCGUCCCGUUCAGUUUCGACUACAAUGCUUUCCGUAGCCGCCUUCGACACCCGGUCUUGGGGACAAGGACUGAUGAGAGUAAGGAGUCCCCGAGUCUAGUGCGAGCUCAGCGCGAGAAAAUCAAAGAGAUGAUGCGGUUUGCGUGGCAGAAUUACCGCCGUUAUGCGAUGGGCAAGAACGAACUCCGGCCACUCACAAAGGACGGCUACGAGGGCAGCAUGUUCGGUGGCCUCGGUGGGGCAACCAUCAUCGAUUCCCUUGACACCCUCUACCUCAUGGAGCUGAAGGAGGAGUUCCAAGAGGCCAAGGCCUGGGUGCAAGACAGCUUCCACCUGAACGUGAGUGGAGAAGCAUCUUUGUUUGAAGUGAACAUCCGCUACAUCGGAGGACUGCUCUCGGCCUACUACCUGACGGGAGAAGAGGUGUUCCGAGUAAAGGCCAUCAAGCUGGGUGAGAAACUGCUGCCUGCCUUCAAUACACCCACAGGCAUCCCCAAGGGCGUCGUGAACUUCAAAAGUGGUAACUGGGGCUGGGCCACCGCGGGCAGCAGCAGCAUCCUGGCUGAGUUUGGAUCCCUGCACUUGGAAUUUUUGCACCUCACUGAACUCUCUGGCAACCGGGUCUUUGCAGAAAAGGUCAAAAAAAUCCGCAAGGUCCUCAGGGAGAUUGACAAGCCCUUCGGCCUUUACCCCAAUUUCCUCAGCCCAGUGAGCGGGAACUGGGUGCAGCACCAUGUCUCGGUUGGAGGACUUGGGGACAGUUUUUAUGAAUAUUUGAUUAAGUCCUGGUUGAUGUCCGCCAAAACAGACACGGAGGCUAAAAAUAUGUACGACGAAGCAUUGGAGGCCAUAGAUACCUAUUUGGUGAAUGUCUCUCCUGGGGGUCUGACCUACAUUGCCGAGUGGCGAGGGGGAGUUCUGGAUCACAAGAUGGGACACCUGGCCUGCUUCUCAGGGGGCAUGAUCGCCCUUGGUGCCGAGGAUGCCAAGGAAGACAAGAAGGCCUACUACCGAGACCUCGCAGCCCAGAUCACCAGAACAUGCCACGAGUCCUAUGCUCGCUCAGACACCAAGCUGGGGCCUGAGGCCUUCUGGUUCAAUUCCGGCCGAGAGGCGGUGGCCACGCAGCUAAGCGAGAGCUAUUACAUCCUGCGACCUGAGGUGGUGGAGAGUUACAUGUACCUCUGGCGGCAGACACAUGACCCCAUCUACAGGGAGUGGGGCUGGGAGGUGGUGAUGGCCCUGGAGAAACACUGCCGGACAGAAGCUGGCUUCUCGGGGAUCCAGGAUGUGUACAGCAGCAACCCCAACCACGACAACAGGCAGCAAAGUUUCUUCUUGGCUGAAACGCUGAAAUACCUCUAUCUUCUGUUCUCUGAAGACAAUGUGCUGUCACCAGAGGACUGGGUGUUCAACACCGAGGCCCACCCGCUGCCCAUCAAUCACUGGGACAGCUCCACCAUGGCCGGGCAACGCCACUGACCCACUGUCUCCACGCCCGUGUCUCAGGGAUGCCUCUAUUUUCUUGGGAUCCGGGACCGUUCUCAGAGGCACUGGGGACGGAAGGCCUAUCGUGAGCCAACCCUGGACGGAUGUGUCGGACAGGCGACUACUUUUCCUCUGUGAGGAGACAGGAGCUGGUGACUGCACCAGCACCGGGCCCAGGCUGUGGUCCCCGGAGCCCAUACGUUCCUUUCUAGGGGGGAAUUUCUGCACCACCCCCCACUCGCUGUCACAGGGCCAAAGGACUGGAGGUUUGCAUAGCCAUACCAUGGAUUUGAUUUGCUUCCUUUUUGGUUUAGGGAGUUGGUUUUGCUUGAUUUUGCAUUUUUUUUCCCACUUGAGUUUUGUGACGAUUACAAAUACAGCUUUCAGAAUCAUAGUCAUGCACCUUCUGAAACGGCGUCCCCUCACUCGAGGAGACUUGAGUGUGGGGCACUCACUCGUGCUCUUGACCCCCCCCCCCCGUCUGUUUUCAACGCCUCUCACCCCAGCACCGACCUGUUCUACCACGUGUCUCCUGCUUUAUCAUUUGAGGAGGUGCUCCCCUUUAAGUUGGUCCCAAAUGUUACCAAGUCACUAAUACUAUUUUCAUUACUGUCAUGGAAAAAUAUGUGAAGUAGAAUAAAGGAGUUUAUUGGAUAA